CGUCUUCUUGGUAGUGAUCCCGGUGGCUACUGGCGCCUCCGCGCCGGCGCGCUUCGUUUGCGUUUAUCAAACUCUUCGGGCUCGGGCGUCCAGGUGGAGCCCCCUGCGAGGGCCACGACGAGGCAGACCGGCCAAGAACGCUCUCGAAACGAAGGUGGGGGCCUCUGUGGUGUCAUAACGACGAUUCUGGACCCUGGCGGCGUCGUGGAAAAUUUCGUGGAGCGACAUCGGGGCGCUACUUUAAUUUAAGGCCACCUCCUUAACUGAUCUUUCUAGAUGUCUAUUAGCUUCUUUUUUGCUGCACCGUCUUGCCCUUGGAGGCAGGUGACAUUCACCUGCAGCCACCGAAAAGGAGCGGGCUAUCUACAUAGGAAAGUAAGUAAGCGCCGUCUCGAUCGUUGGUUGUUUUUGCCUCUAAUUUGUAGUCAUCGGAGAUGAGCGAACGAACAAUGCCACAUGGGCUCACUUUUCCGACAGGAACGGCGGUCGGGUGCAUUUCAUCCCACUCGGCGCGCAGGAGCAGCUGGGCUACAUGAUUACGAAGCACCUGCCACACAGUCACUUUGCG